CAUCCAGCCUGCCGAACAAGCUUUGCUUUUAGGGUCAGGAACUGGUCUGACAAGAGAAUGGCAGUCCUGCCUUUAAACCGUCAAUAGGACUGUACGGCUGACGAUGAAUCCACCAGGACCCCAGGCCCAAAGGCAAGACAUUGAGCAGGAUAAUGUGAAGACAUAUUUCAGGAUCUUGUGAGUGCUACUAAAGAUGUCUGAUAGUGUCGAUAUUGAAGAGAAGCCACCAGCCCCCCCCUUGAGAAUGAACAGUAGUUCCCGAGACUCUUCAUCAGUGAAUCACGCAUCUAAACCACUUCCAAUGGCUCCUGAGGAAAAAAAUAAGAAAGCUCGCCUGCGCUCCAUCUUCCCUGGAGGAGACAAAACAAACAAAAAGAAGGAAAAGGAACGUCCAGAGAUAUCCUUACCCUCAGACUUUGAACACACAAUCCAUGUUGGCUUUGAUGCUGUUACAGGAGAAUUUACAGGAAUCCCAGAGCAGUGGGCACGGCUCCUGCAGACCUCGAACAUCACUAAGCUGGAGCAGAAGAAGAACCCACAAGCUGUGAUCGACGUGCUAAAGUUCUACGACUCCAAAGAGACUGUCAACAAUCAGAAAUACAUGAGCUUCACCUCGGGAGACAAAACAGCGCAUGGAUACAUAGCAGCAAACACUCUGAACCGGCUGCUGUCUUCUGGGCCUCCUGUCAGCCUUAGAACCUGCAGCGCAUUAUUUGACAAGUCACCGUCUCUGAAAUGGCAGGACAGUUGCACAUUCCAGAGGACUGUACUGACUGUCAAUCUGCAUGGUGCCAAAACAUCAUCAACAGAAACCCCGAUUGCUCCACCUGUUUCAGAAGAGGAGGAUGAGGAGGAGGAGGAAGAGGAGGAAGAAGAUGAAGACGAGGACGACGAUGACGAGCUGCCCCCGGUCAUCGCUCCUCGACCCGCGCACACCAAAUCUAUUUACACACGUUCUGUUGUGGACCCACCAAAGCCCCCCUCUCCGGUCAAAGAAGAGUCCACUCCACCAGAGUCGCAGGUUCAGCCUGAAAAUACCUCCAACACGAUGUACCGCCACACUGACCGGCAGAGGAAGAAGUCCAAAAUGACAGAUGAGGAGAUUCUGGAAAGACUCAGGAGUAUUGUCAGCGUUGGGGAUCCCAAAAAGAAGUACACGCGCUUCGAGAAAAUAGGACAAGGAGCAUCUGGCACUGUCUACACUGCCAUCGACAUAGCAACUGGUCAAGAGGUGGCCAUCAAACAGAUGAACCUGCAGCAACAACCCAAGAAGGAGUUGAUCAUCAACGAGAUCUUGGUGAUGAGGGAAAACAAAAACUCCAACAUAGUGAACUACCUGGACAGCUACCUGGUAGGGGAUGAGCUGUGGGUGGUGAUGGAGUAUUUGGCUGGAGGAUCGCUGACAGAUGUUGUGACUGAGACCUGCAUGGAUGAGGGCCAGAUUGCUGCAGUCUGCAGAGAGUGUCUUCAAGCUUUGGACUUUCUACACUCCAACCAGGUUAUCCAUAGAGAUAUAAAAAGUGACAACAUCCUUUUAGGGAUGGACGGAUCAGUGAAGCUCACUGACUUUGGCUUCUGCGCCCAGAUCACUCCAGAGCAGAACAAACGCAGCACCAUGGUGGGAACGCCGUACUGGAUGGCACCGGAGGUGGUGACUCGAAAGGCGUACGGCCCGAAAGUGGAUAUCUGGUCUCUGGGAAUCAUGGCAAUAGAGAUGGUGGAGGGAGAACCACCUUAUUUGAAUGAGAAUCCACUCAGGGCACUUUACCUGAUAGCAACCAAUGGUACUCCAGAGCUGCAGAACCCCGAAAGGCUCUCAUCCGUGUUCAGAGACUUCCUCAACCGCUGUCUGGAGAUGGACGUGGACCGCAGAGGCUCCGCCAAGGAUCUGCUUCAGGUAAACAUCUGACUGAACCCUCCACACAUAUAAUGUCGCUCUCAAAAGCAAACAGACAACUAAUAAUUCAAUUUUUUUUGUGAUGUAAGACAAACCUCCUAAAACUAAUACCUUAAAAAAGCACACUUUGAUUCAAUUUUUGCAUUCGGUCUUCUUUGGUAGGAGUUAGGAUGUCACAUCUUGCAUUGGUAAUCUUUGCCUCCUGUGCCCUUGAAAAGAUCUCAAAUUCUAUUUGUGAGGACAUCUCUUGUCCCCAGCCUUUUUCAGGUGAUCCCAAGAUUUUCUGUCAAAUUUAGAUGUGUACUCUAGCUGGGCCAUUCCAGAACAUUCAUUUUCCUUUCAUGAAGUCAGUCCUAUGUGGAUUUGGAUUUCACUGUAAUGCUGAAAAAAAAUCCCUCUUCAGCUAUAGCUUCCAGGCAGACAAAACUAAUUGUUAUUUAGAACUAUUCAUAACUCCAUCCACCUUUACAAAAACCUCAGUUUCAUUUAAAGAAAAGUAGCCCCAGAGCAUAACACUGCCACGACCAUGUUUCAUUGUGGGGGUUUCCCUCCGUUGAUGUUCUGCGUCGUAUUUGUGUCAAACAUAUCAUUGGGGUUUUGGCCCAAAUGUUAAAGUUUGGCUUCAACAAACCAUAACACAUUCUCUCCCAUGUUUCUGGAAUAUUUAGGGAAGUUUGGAUGUUUUCUUUUUGGAAAUAAUCUGCUUUAAAACUCUAAUCCUUAAUCCCAACGUACAAAGAAUACAGUAUGUUGUUGUGACAUGUAGACACAAUCAGCACUUGUUGGAGAUUCUUGCUGCUCCUUCAGUGUUGCUGCUUGCCAAACGGAACUAUUAUUGACCACUUCUCAUUGUACCAUUGUAUAUAAGUAAUGCUGUGUAAUAUUUUUUGUAUCCUUCUCACAACUGAUACCUUUGUACCUUGAGAUCCUUCAGAUCCUUUCAAACCUCUGUGCAAACUUUGGCUAAAAGAUGGAAAUGUGGAAACAGUCGUGUAAGUCCAACUAGAACAGCUGAACUUUAUUUCAGGUUAAUCAGAUUUGCUCAAAUUAAUGACAACUGUGAACUCAAUAAGAUUAGUUUUUGCAUCUCUUUUUUUUUAUUGUAUAUGUCAUAUUUUUUCCUCAAAUAAAUUUUUGUUUUUCAGUUGAAUUGGCCAGGAAAUGAUCAAUUUCUUUCUUUUUACAUCAUGCCUCUUAAAGGGGUGUGUGCACCUUUUAGAGCCAGUGUACACAAAUCCUGCAAUCGCAAAGUGUGAGAUUUAUUGAUUUAAUGAGAUUGUAAGGAACAAUCUGUUGCAAAUGCCAAAGCCCACUUGCUUCGUUUGAAGAAUCUGGUCCCAAUUUGUUCUAAAGCUGAAAAGGUCAUUGAUUUUUGUAUUAGUUAUAGGUAUUCUCAGCCUCUACACAAAGUCACCUGAUUCCCAAAAUCUUAAUAAAAAGUUGGAAGAAUCUUUCAUCUCCUGUUUUGUGCCUGCAGCAUUCCUUCCUCAAGCUGGCGAAGCCUCUGUCCAGCCUGACGCCUCUGAUUGUAGCUGCGAAGGAAGCCAUAAAGAACAGCAGUCGUUGAGGGCGGGGCUCCCUAUCCAAGCCUGAGGCCGGAGCGCUGCCGACGAUGCGUUGCUUCAUGACAGCAGGGGUUUGGGUGAACGGGGUGCGUUUGUGUGACUGACAGUGACAGUAAAAGGACAUAAGACCCUCCCCGAUCACCAACCCCACUUGUCCUCCAGGCCUCGUUUGCGGGACGGACAUCAGGCUUUGCAGCCUCUCGACCACGCUGCUGAAAAACAGACCUUGCCUCCUUGUUUACUUCUCCAGCACUGUACAUCUAGAGCAAUCUCUCAUGAGUAUGUCAGAGACGUGUGCGUGUGUGCGUAAACAAACUGUGCACUUCUGUUCACAUCAUGUCUUGUUUUGGGGUGAAUCUUUCCCUAAACAGCAAAGAAAAAAAAUUUAUGGAUAAACCUGAAAUGGAAAGGGUGCUUAUUCUCAAGAGAAAAACAAAAAACACUGCAGCAGUAAAACUGACAAAGAUUUCUUCCCUGUCCCGGAUUAGGAUUGACUUUCUUCUCUCUCAGCUCAUCGGGAAGCGUGAUCAGGCCACAUCCAUGCCAAACAGCCGAUGUGAAGGAGGACCUCUGGACCCGACAUCAGCCUGCAUGACCAUGGUUCUGUGAAGAAACACCGCUAACCCUCUGCAGAUUGCCUCCUCUAGACAUGGUGUAAUUCUGCUGUGUAUAAUGUGUAGAUGUGUGUAUGUGAAUGAGCAUAGGGAUGCAACUACUGGAGGGGGGAAGAAAUUCAGGAAUACUUUCUUCAUGAGUUAUGCCAGCUUUAAAUACCCUUCAGCGAUCCAUUCCUACAGUUCUUGUAAAUGAUUUGAGAUAAACAUCUUUUUUAAAUUCAGGAAAGCUUUUUUUAAGAUCACAGGGCAUAAAUGUAAUUGGCUGACUUUAAUUUACUGCUUCAAUAUGUAGAGUCGUCAUCAUUUAUAAUAUACUUUUUGAAGCAUCCUGACAUCUUUCAGUUUAAAAAAGAUUACUCACUAAUUUGUGUUUUUCUUUUGUUUUGGUAAAUGUUGCAAGUUUCAUACAGUGACAUGUAAAAGCCUUGAACUUUUCCACAUUUUGUCAUGUUACAAAUAAGUGCUUAUGUAUUUUAUUUGGACUUUAUUUGUGGUGCAUAACUAUGAAGUGGAAAUAGAAUUAUAUAUGGUUUGCAAAUGAAACUGUGGCUUUCAUUUGUAUUUAGCCUUUAAUAGGUUUUAUUCCAGGAUUGUCCUGUCUUUAGCUCCAUAUGUCUGUCCAUCAACUGGAACUUCACUCUCCCUGUUGAAGAAAUGCAUCCCUACAGCAUGGUUCUGCCACCACUUUGCGUCUCAUGGGAUGAUGUGUUCAUAGUGAUGGGUAGUUUUAGUUUCAGCCUCUCAGUCAUUUUUGACUCAUCUGUCUAUAGCGCCUGCUUCCAGGUUCAUUGUGGGACUUCUAAUUGCUUUCGUCUUCUUGUCACCCUUCCAUAAAGACCAGAUUUGUGGAGUGCAUUACCAAUAAAUGUCCUGUGAACACAUUCUCCCACCUGAGAUGCAACUCCUCCAGAGUUGCCACGGCCCUCUUGGGUUCUUUUUGAUUAAUGCUCUUCUUGCCCGUACUGUCAGUUUAUAUUGCCCUACCUUACCAGUUGGACUCUAUUUAAUUAAUAGAUGAUUUCUGAAACAACUGGUUGCAACAGAUGUUAUUUAAGGGUAACAGAAUAAAGGAUCUGAUUACAAAUGCUCUACAAACAUUUUCAUAUUUACAUUUUAGAAAUAUUUAUCAACCAUGUCUAACGUUACUUAAGCCCGUAACAAUAAUUGUCCAGGAAUGAAGAGUCAUUCCCAAUCACGUACUACUUUGUUUUGUCACAUGAAAUCCCACCAAAUGAAAUUUGUGGUUUUUGGUUGUAACUUGACAAAAUGAAGCAAAAAAGUUCAGUUUCUGCGAAUGCUUUUGCAAAACAUUGUAAGAAAUCUGAAAUGGGUUGUAUAAAUUAGGAGAAAAGAUGGACAAACAAGCUGGUUAUCCUGAUUUCAACCAAGAGGGUUGUGAAAUGAUUCACAUUGAGUUGCCACACAGUGCCCUAGGCUUCCCGUGUCCUUAAACCUUGAGCAGAAAGUAAAUACAGUAGAAAUGUCUCUGAUUUACAAAUGGUAAAAUCACACCGUGUUUCAUUUGUGAACUUAUAUUUCCACCUAAGUGUUGGAAGUUGUAGGCCACAUGCCCAGGUGAAAACUUUCACAUCCUCCUGACCUAAGACCGAAGUUGCUGCUCAUCCAAGCUUUAGUUUUUUCAUCUUUCGAAUGUGUCUUAUAUUUUGACUCAUAUGGUCAUUAGGUUUUGUUUCAUUCCUUUCAUACCUGGUUUAGGGUUUAAACUCAUUCCAGUUCAAAGGUUAUCUGUUAGUGUCUGUAUUUACUAGCUUCAUUAGCGCCAUGAGAAGCUCUCAUGCAUUCAUCCUGGAUGUUGAAUUAAUUUUAGGUAUUUAAACUGUUCUUGUUUAAAGGGGGGUGCGAUCAUACAAAGAAAAAAAAGAAAGAUUUGGGUGCAAAAGUUUAAAUCUAUUGUAAAUGUUUUCUAAUCAAAAUUAUACAUUUAGGCUUAAAUAUAUACAUAUGUCCCCACUAAUGUUUGGAUAAAUGUCCCAUAGCAAGCUGCAGAGAUGCCACAGACUUUCUGUAGCCACCAACAAAGCUUCUAGGGAUUGAGUUUCUAGAAGCUUAAUGUUAACCAGCUUUAUCUAUUCUAAAACAUGUUUUUAAUGCACAUAUGAGAUCAUCAUCUAGUUGUAGGCAAACUUCCUUCAUUAUUCCAUCCACUUUCUGCGAUGCACCAAUAAAACUGUGAGCAAAACAGCCCCACAGCAUGACGCUACCACCACCGUGCUUACCAGGUGGUAGAGUUCUUUGGUUUAAAGGUUUCACAUUGAUUCCUCCAGAUGUAGUUCUUGUCAUGAUGACCAAAUAUUUCAGUCUUUGUCUUGUUUGGUCACAAAACCUUCCUUCAAAAGUAAUUUGGUUUUUCCACGUAGGCAGCCACAAAUUUCAGCAGCCUCUCAGUCCAUAUUGAUGUAAAACUGGCUUACAGAGGACAGUGACAGGAGUGUUCUAGCAUCAUCCUAGUCAUGUUGGUUCCUGGGCUGUUCUUGAACAUAAUUAUCAAUAUCUUUUCGUUUGAGAGUUAUAGUUUGGUUCAGAUGGUUGAAAAUGACAAUGCUGGGUGUUGCAACAGCACAAAGGUCCCACAUACACAUCAAAACUGUUUUGGAAAUAAACAAAUCAGGCUAACAUCAACUUUCUGUAAUUGGUCCUGACAUCAAACCUGUAAAUAAAUGUGUUAACCAUGCUUAAAAGCCAGGCACAUGAACUCAAAACAUCCAGCCAGAACUGUGUCAGAAGCUUGUUCGUGGCUACAAUAGUGUGGUGAAUAAAUGCCCAAAAUUAAUGAUGUUCAUGCCUAUAAUGAGUGGAUGUAUAUUUCUUACUGACAUUUUAGCCUCACUGUGUGUGAGUGGGUCUGUUUGUGUGAGGAUGAUUGGGGGGGUUAUCUCAAUCCGCACUAAAAGAUGCCUCACUCCUGUUUUCCACCUUACCUUUGAGGUGCAGGGUAGCUGCUCAGUAACAUUGUACCUCCACUGUACAGAAGAUGAAGGAGUGGUGAAAGACUUGAGGAUACAGCAGACUCCAUGCAUGUGAAACAAACUGUACAUUGUUAUCUCCUGAAACAAAUAGGUUGGGAGUGUUAGUAUGUAUGUAUGUAAAUAUGACAGGUCUCCCCCGUCCUUUUUUUGGAACUGUGUAACUUAAGCUGAUAAUAUUCAGGUUACUCGUAUGGUACCAAUAAAUGUUCUGCACCCUGGAAAUCUAAAAAAAGAGAAAAUCCAACCCACACUCCAUCUCUACACUCCCAGAUCCACCUCUCCCUGUUUUUGUUUUUUGGGCUCUAUAUCGGACACUCCUUCAUGUGAGUUGUGAGCCGCUGAUCACAGGACUCUGUGUGCAGGCCCACACAGUCUGUCCAGCCCAAGCACUGCUGUCCCCCCCGGUGUUACAGCGUGUGGUAGGUGGAUAUGCGGCCUGUUGGGAAGCUUCCCUGGCCCUGGGACAUUUCGGCCCUCCAAACCCUUGUAUAGGUCUGAACUAUGAGCACAAAGAUGAACUUCGGGACAGGAGACACCACUGACGUGCCCACACCCCCCAUCCUCCUCUUCCCACUUAUUUUCUGUGGUUGCUCCUGUACAUUCCUAUCUUUUGAAUGUGUAAACCUGUACACGUGGUGUGAAAAAUUCCUCUAUUAAUGUGUAUGAAGAGAAUGGAACAAAGACAAAAAAUGUUACUUUUUAAAUUAUUAUCUUCAUCAUUAUUAUUAUUAUUACUCUUAUUACUGUCUAGCUUUGUAAAACUGCUGAUCUAUCCGGCGUACCUCGGCAGACCAUUCCCUGUCUUUGAAAACAAAAGGACAAGAAUGAACGGGGGAGGGAAAUGAGGUUUUGGAUAAACUAUUUUUAACUGUGGUUGAAGCAAUAGACUUUUUGAACUUUGAAUCGUGCAUGGCUGUCUUGAGUGUAAAAAUACAAAAUAUUGCAGUUUGGGAACUGGACUGAAAAUAAAAAGAGGUGGAAAAAAACAA